GCGUUUCUUUGGUUGCAUUUAUUUGCUGUUAUUUGUCUGUUUGUUUCACAGCAGCUGAUGUUUUUUGCACAGCUGCAGAGGAAGCUGACUCCUCGGCACUAGGACCCGUCAGACUAGUUAUCCGGUAAUCCUCCGGCGCUAGGACCGCUCGGACCACGGGCUCGUCUCUUUGUCUCCACCAGCCAGAGCCGCCGCCUCCUCCUCCUCCUCCUCCUCCUCCUCUCGGUCCUCCCUGUAGUCUCAUUCCGUGUCUCUCUCCAUCAGCAGCGGUCUGGAUGCUUGCAGGGACAGAAACAUGGCUGUGAAUCUCGGCAAGAACAGACUGGCCCUGCUGACCUCCUACCAGGACGUCAUUGACGAGACCUCGGACACCGACUGGGCCUUGUACACAUAUGAGGAUGACAGCAACGAUUUGACACUCGCAUCCUCAGGAGGAGGCGGUCUGGCAGAGAUCACGCUGACCUUUGACAUCGGCAGGGUGAUGUACGGCUUCUGCAGCCUGAAGGAGCCCACCUCCGCUCUGCCACGAUACAUCCUCAUCAACUGGGUCGGGGAAGACGUGCCUGAUGCCAGGAAGUGUGCCUGUGCUAGCCACGUCGCCACCAUCGCAGACUUCUUCCAGGUCAGACCCACCACGGGGGUGGAGGUCAUCAUCAACGCCAGCAGUCUGGACGACAUCGACCCAUCAGCCAUCGGGCAGCGACUGACCAAUGGUACGGCAGCAGUGGUGGCGAGUCCGGUCCUGAGCCGCCUGAGAACCCGAGACGAAGAGCACGGAGACGUGGGCACAGUGUACGAGAAGACCAAUGCAGAGGUGGAGAUGAAGAAAAUCAAUAGAGAGGAGUUUUGGGAGAAGGCCAAGCGCGAGGAGGAGAUCAGGAAGGAGGAGGAGAAGAAGAAGGCAGCAGAGGAGCGGCAGCGCUACGAGGAGGAGCGAAUGGAGCUGGAGAGGAAAGAGCAGGAGAACCGAGAGAAGAGGUACCGCGAGAGGGAGAUGCAGAUUGAGGAGCACAGGAAGAAGCUGCAGGAGGAGGAAGAGGCCAGAGAGAGGUUGCGGGACCAGACCUCCAUAGCAGCAGAGCCGAGCCUCGAGGACCUCAACCUGGACAAGAAGGAGUCCGAGGUGGAGGAGGCGAAGGCCAUCAUCGCUCAGCGGUCAGGAAACCCUCGAGAGUUUUUCAAGCAGAAGGAGAGAGCCAUGACCAUCAGUGUCGACACCUCGCCCGUGUCCGUCCACAGGACCGGCCGUUUGGACAGCCCGUUCUUGAGGCAGCAGCACAGUCCCAGCAGCCCCAGUCCGACUCCCCCACCUCGGGGCGCGUCGCCCCUCCGCACCCCGCCACACGCACGGACGCAGCCCGCCGCUGCAGCCGGGGACAAUGACGACGAAGUGAUCACAGAGCGCAACAUGGCCGCCGUGUCGCCCAUUCCUAAAAUAGUCACCACGCCCAUCAAAGAGGACUUCAGCAAGGAGGAGGAGGACUGCAGAGACGAGUGGGAUUCGGUGCCAAUGCAGGAGCAGAAACCGCCGGUCCAGGAGUCGACACCCACCAAGCCCGUGCAGAGCGUUGCCCCGCAGGCCCGCGACUCCUCCGCCUUCUCUGCGUGGGAGUCCGACACAGACAGCCUGGUCAACCUGUGCGACAGCAACUCCGACCCUCCCGCCAACCCCUCCCAGACCUCCCAGUCCUCCAAUCUGGUGGACCUGAUGGGUGACGCUGAUGUCUGUCAUGAUGACGUCCCGCCCAGCACCGCCACCGCCAGCGGCAAGCCUCAGCCCCUCCUCAGCUUCGAUGAGAUAAUGGACGGGACCUUCUGCUCGGCCACCGGCGCCGAGGACGACCCCUCCAGUCUGGUGGACGUGACAGUUUCUGACCAGAUGACCCUCAGCUACCAGCAUGCACUGCAGCAUGCAUCCGGGGAGAGGCAGGAGCUGGUUGAUGGACAGCUGCUGAUGACCAAUGGGGAGACGCUGCUGAAAGAAGGGACUCAGGCGAGUGAGGGCUAUUUCAGCCAAUCACAGGAGGAAGAAUUUGGCCAAUCAGAGGAGUCCUCAGCUAAACCUGCACCGGUCUUUUAUAACAAGCCACCAGAGAUUGACAUCACGUGCUGGGACACGGACCCCGUGGUCGACGAUGACGAUGACUAACUGGCCAAUCAGACACCACCACCGGACCAAGAGGAAGUAGGAAGUGCGCUUCAUGAAGAAACAGAUUUUUUUUCUAAAAAAAACAAAACACAAACGAACAAAAAAAAAAAGUAAUAAUAAUAACAAAUCUUGCAUCAAAACUACUUCUGUAUUAUCUUUUAGAGGAAAAGAAAACAGUAGCCACCGGGAGAAAAAGACGGGGUUUGAGUUAUUGUUAAAGAUGCGGUUUGAAGGCUCAGUUAUGGGUUUUUUCUGUGUUUGUUAUUUUAUUUAUUUGUUUUCUUCUUUUUUUUUUUGCUAUGCAGAUGUAAUAGCUAGGAGCGGGGGACUUUUGUUUGUGUAAAUGAUUUAUUACACGUUAACGUAGCGCACUGCUGCAUAUUAGAGACAAUGAAGCUCAGUGUGUGGCUGGCAGCCGACGCACCUAGUCUGUAGUGCUUUAAUAACACCCUAUAAACUAAUACAGUGGAUCAUUACAGCUGCCAUGUAUAUCUUCACUCUGUUACUUUUCUUACCUCUUUUUCACCUCCCUCCUUCCUUCUGCCUUCCUCUCACAAUAUUCACCUCUGCAAGUCAGUUAAUCUUGUAUUUAGCCCUCACUUUACUGGAAAAAGGUGAAAUAUUCUAUUCUGGUGUAUCUGAACUGCUUUCACUAACAGCUGACGGGAUCCUAAAGAAAUCAAAUCUAUUCUCAAGAUGAAACUCCUGAAACAAGUCACAUUGUGGCUCCUUUCACCUUUUUCACUCCUUUCGUAUGAUUUUAAGACUGAAUAUAACAUUAAAUGGCUUGUAAAUCUGGUUGUUUCUUUCUUCUUCUGCCUCCUUGUGGAUGAGCUGCAGCUUCUCAAUCAGCCCUCCCCUCUGGUUCCAUAAGGUUCAUCAUUUUUACCCCACUUAUAUAUUUACACAAGCAAAUAAAAGCAUUUUUUGCAUCUAGUCUAGAUGAAUAUACUGUAGAUAUUUUUCCAAGUGUUAACAGUUUUUUAGGAGAGUUUGGCUUUAUGGUAAUGAACAUGAAGCCACCUUCAGCCUGUGCACAGUAGAAAAAAAACAAAAAACAAUGAAUCCUUUGUAUGAUUUCUAAUUCUUCUGAAAUGUCUCCAAAGGCUAAAAAUGAGAAGUUUUCACCGGGCCCCUCGUUUUUGGACAGCAGUUGGCACAGUUCCUGUUCAGAGCCGGGGAGGUUUGGGACGCAGGAUGCCUUUCCUUUUGUAAUUUAAAAAAAAAGAUAAUCAUUUUAACGUUAAUUUCUGGCAGUUACUGUGCCACUCAGACAGAGGCUGCACAGAGAUAGAUGUUGGAUCCAGGGAAGGUGGGAUGAAACCGCUGGAAUCACUUGGGCCACAUUGAAGCUCGCAAAUAUAAAUUCUUGUUUCGUAUUGGUCUUAAUCUGCAUGGAGAACCGGAUGUGCUCGAUUUAUCACAUCGCUACCGAUACGAUCGUGUCAAGUAAGCUGUCAGUCAAGUACAUUUUAUUUUUAAAGCCCAAAAUGCAGAGUUUGUCUAAGAGGGCUUUACACAGUCUGCACAACAGGAAACUGUAAACCUGUGGGGAAGGAAAGAGAUUCAAACCCCAUAACAUACACAGUUACUGGAAACAGAAUUUUUGAGGAUAUAAGCAACGUAGUGCCUUUAUGUUCACUGUUUAAAAAAUUAUAGCAAAAGGUUUUGUUUACCAGGUAAGAAGGGUCUAACAAAAGAUGCUAUUGAGUUGCAUUAUGGGAAGUGUAGGAUCCAGUGUACCCAAACUAGGGACCAGUAGUGGAAUAUACUAAUAUAAGUACACUGACUCAAGCACUGUACCUAAGUAGAAAUUUGAGGUACAAUUUUUACUUAUUAAAGUAACAUUUUCAAUUCUUGACUUUUGAAUUUUUAAGUGUGGUAUUACUGUUUUUUCUUAACGGAUAGGUUCACAUUUUUCAAGUCUGUCUUAAAACUGUAAUAUGAGCUUCAGCAAAUAAAUGAAGUGGUUAUCUUCCAGAGUCUUUAGUACAAACUUUCCUCUUGAACAGCUGUUGUUGAAGACUGUAAGUUGAAGCACAAAGAGGGAACUUUGUACUUAACAUACCUGCGUGUUUUAACUCUUUCUAUCUGCUGAAGCGUCGUAUUAGUUUCAGCCAAACUCUGCAGAUUAGGCGCGUUAGGGAUCUCUUCACAGCCAACAAUUACAGCAAUCAAUAACCCUUUAAAUCAACAUAUGGGCAUGUGAGUAUUGUAUCACGAUAGACUUGAAAAAAUGUGAAGUGUCUGAAUCAUUCAUCCGCUACGGCUAAGAGACUGAAAGUUAGCAUAGCUCAGCCUCUUCUGCUCUGACUUUCUGACUCGAUUUUAAUGUGUCUCUUGUAAAUUCCCCAUUUUAUAGACGUGCGAUACAGAAUGGCUAGAACAGCCCUUUAAGGCUUCUGUAAGAUUUCAGUCACUGUAGGUAGGAACGCCACCAUCACAGGGUGACUUGUGAUCUUUCCUGGCACUGAUUCUGUCUCCUGAGGGAACCGGACCUAUAUAGCACCUACACAGGCUUACGUUAACUGUGACAGUGACAGUGUGAGUGUAGGUCUGUCAGGAAGAGGUGCAGAGAUCCAGAGGGCACCGAGCUGAUGAGCAGAAACGGAAGUCUAAGUUGAUAAAGUUGGAAAAUUUAAAAAUACACUUUUGUCGAUUUUAGCCAAGGUCUGUGCAGGUGGGAGCGACUCGCCACACUGGACAAGACAACAAAUGCCAGACAUUUUCCAGCAAUAGUGGGAAAAUAUGUAAAAGAAUUAUCUUUGACAGCUUUCCUGACAUCUGGUUCUCGAAGCAGCUUAAAACCCUAAAACUGAUUCUUAAAUACUCUCUGACUCACGUCUGCUGCCCGACUGCUUUUGUUCUGUGCCAAUGCAAAAAGUACCGUAUGUAUUUUAUUUUCAUUUUUUAUUGACGUGAUGUUUAGUUGCCCUGGAAACUGGAGUGAGAGGUGGAGCGGGCUGAGACGGGAGGUGUGUGUGUUUUUAAUACCUGUCGAAAAGUGUGCUAGAAUUGAUUUUCAGGACCUUUUUGAAUAUUAGCAACAACAGUGUUAGUCUUUUUUUGCUGUAAAUUCCUGUAGAAAAUAAAAACUCCUAGGCAAUAAUAA